UAAGGAUUGCCUUGAGAACGCCCAGCGUCAGAGGAACGGCGGGGAGAAGAGGAAAAAGAGAAGUACCGCCGAGCGCGUGCGGGAGAGGCGGGGGCGUGGCCUUACUUCUCCAGGGGAUCCCUUUUCUUCCUGUAUCUUAAGAAGAGGAGAGAAUCCAAGCAUACAAAGGCAUAAUGCCUCCCAAAAAAGCAUAUAAAAAACAGCCUCCCAGAUCCUCUUCAAGAAGGAAUAAUAUGGACGGAUACCCAAAAAACGUAAAUGGAGGUUGGGUCCUAUGAUUGCUUAUGGAGGAUUUGGCUUGGUCUAUCUAGCUUCCCCUUAUCUUGAUGUUCCUGUAGAAAACAAUGCUGUGUAUGUCAUUAAAGUGGAAUAUCUUGAAAAUGGGCCUUUAUUUUCAGAACUGAAAUUCUACCAACGUGCUGCAAAAGAAGAACAUAUCAAAAAAUGGAUGAAGAUGAAACAACUAACAUUUUUAGGCAUUCCUGUUUUCUUUGGAUCAGGCCAAAUCAAACAUCUUGGUAAAAGUUACAGAUUUAUGGUGAUGGAAAGAUUAGGAGAAGAUCUUCAAACUGUCUUUGAAAGAGAAGGGAGAAAAUUUGACAAGGAAACUGUUCUGCAGAUUGGGAUGCAGGUGCUAGAUGUCUUGGAAUAUAUUCAUGAAAAUGAAUAUGUGCAUGGGGAUAUUAAAGCAGCAAAUUUACUUUUGGACUACAAAAAUUCAUAUGAGGUUUAUCUUGCUGAUUAUGGACUCGCCUACAGAUAUUGUCCCAGUGGGAACCACAAAGAAUAUCAGGAAAAUCCUAAAAGGGGCCAUAAUGGUACAAUGGAAUUUACCAGCAUAGAUGCACACAAGGGAGUAGCACCAUCCCGAAGAGGGGACCUUGAAACCUUGGGCUACUGUAUGUUGCAGUGGAUCUGUGGAAGUCUACCCUGGGAGCAGAAUUUGAAGCAUCCUGAGGCUGUGCAAGCUGCAAAAACAAAGCUUCUUGAUGAACUGCCUGAUUCAGUAACAAGGUGGGCUGCUGCAGGAGAAAACUGUGGUGAAAUAGCCAGAUUUUUAAAAAAUGUAUCCAAUUUAACAUAUGAUGAAAAACCCCAAUAUGAAAUAUUGAGGAAAAUCCUUUUGAAUGGCCUGGAACAAAAAGGAAUUUGUUACAUGGAGACACUGGAUUUACCCUCUGUUCAAACCUCUCUAAAUGAAUGCACAAUUCACCACAGGAAAGCUCAUUUGCUGAUGCCGACACUGAAGCAAGUUAAAGGACAAGAAAGCCAACUAGAGAACAAGGAAUUUUUUAAUCUUAAAAAAGCCACUGCACAAAUGAAAAGUAGCCAAAUACAAGAUAAGCCAGUUCUCGUUAGAUUGAAUAAGUUUACUCAAGCUUCAGUGGACUAUGUAAAAUCAUUGCCCUGGACAGAUUCCUGCAGUUCUUUCCAGAAUUUUGAAGAAAAUUGUAGAGAAAAUGGAAUCACAUAUUCAGCAGUCCAUCGACCAGAACAUGUUCAAAGUCUAACUAGCUCUUACACAUGCUGGUCCCCUCAGAUUGGAUUGCAUGGAAAACUGUUUCAGUAUAUUGUGGCCAUUGUUGUCCUUGUCUUCUUAAUAAUGCUAUCUCUCUAUUUCCUUUGAUGCUUUCUCCAGUAAGU